AAUGUUUAAGAAAAUACCAGAGAGAUGGAGGGAGUUAAGUGGGCAGAAUAACUGGAAGAACCUCCUGGACCCUCUCGACCUCGACCUGAGGCGUUACCUCCUCCACUACGGUGAGCGGGCCCAAGCGACUUAUGACAACUUCAACUACGAGAUCAAGUCCAAGAAUGCCGGCAACAGCCAUUACUGCACGAAAGAUCUGUUCGAGAAGGUCGGCCUGACAAAUGGGAACCCUUUCAAGUACACUGCCACCAAGUACUUCUAUGCGACGUCUUCACUCAAGGUCCCCGGAUGUUAUCUCCUGAGGUCCCUGUCCAGGGAAGCCUGGAGCAAGGAGUCGAACUGGAUGGGGUAUGUUGCGGUGUCGACUGACGAAGGUAAGGCCGCGCUUGGACGGAGAGAUAUAAUGGUUGCGUGGAGAGGUACUAUUCAGCCCCUGGAAUGGGCUAACGAUUUCGAUUUUCUGCUGACGCCUGCAACAAAGAUACUGGGGGACACAGACUCCGAUACAGACACAGCUGCAGAUGCAGCCGAAGACGAUGUUAAUACUUUUAUUCCUAAAGUGCACAGCGGGUUCCUCUCCGUCUAUACCUCAGAGGAUCCUCGCUCGAAGUUCAAUGUAUCUAGUGCCAGGGAACAGGUCCUGACAGAGGUGCAGCGGCUGGUUGACCAAUACAAGGACGAGGAAAUCAGCAUUACUGUCACGGGCCACAGCCUAGGAGCUUCGAUUGCAUCGCUCAACGCUGUCGACAUAGCCUGGAACGGCUACAACCAGCCGUGUGGCACCCAAUCAAAGCAACCCUUCCCCGUGACUGCCUUCGUCUUUGCGAGCCCCCGCGUGGGAAAUUUCAGAUUCUGCAAGAUCGCCGACUCCAUCCCAAGCCUGCGCAUCCUGCGUAUCGCCAACCUGCCCGACAUAGUCUGGAAGUACCCAGCGAAAGGGUACUAUGCCAACCUCGGACAAGAGCUGCUGAUCAACAAUCAACUUUCCAAGUACUUGAAGCACGACGGGGGCAUUCCGAGUUGGCAUUCGCUGGAGAGCUAUUUGCACGGGGUGGCGGGGACGCAGGGCAUAAAAGCACCGUUCAAGCUAGCAGUGAAGAGGGACGUGGCGCUGGUGAACAAGCACACGCCGUUCCUCAAGGAUAAGUAUCUGGUGCCGGAAAUGUGGUGGAUGAUGAAGAACAGAGGGAUGGUUCAGCAGCAGGACGGCUCGUGGCAGCUGGAGGAUCAUGAGGCCUGCGAUUCAUCCGAUGAUGAGUCUUGAUCCCAUAACCCCCCCGACAAUUGGACGUUGCCGUAGCCGGAGAUGAAUCUCGCGAACCCAGGCAAGCUAAGUGCCUGAUUGACUACAGAGAGCUAGGUCCGGCAAAUCUGUCCUAAGUUCUUACAGAGCGGCGUUUGUGAGCUGUGACCAGAUA